UGAACUGACAAACAAUAUUAUUUUGGACAGCUAACGCGUAAACUGGUUUUAUUUGAACUAAAUUGCUUUGAUGUGUGUAUAUUAUUCUCAACAUACAAAAUUAAGCUUUCUGCAGAUUUGAUUAUUUUAAGCUUAAUGUGAAGAAUCAUCCUGCAGAUAACGAAAGUAAAGUCAAGCUUUUUAGGGUAUACUAUACGCAUGUAGGAAAGAGAGGGACCUAUUUAUUUCUGGGCACUGUGUGGCUGGAGCAGGUGAGCAGUAUGUAGGCUAAGCUGAGUUAAAGUGAGCACACCAUGCUGUAUAAUCUACAUUAUUGGCAAUUAUCUUGUGCACCUGUUUGGUCAGUACUCGCCACCUGUUCUGUUUGGUCUCACUGUUCACAAAGGCAUGGGGUCAAGCUUAAGUUGCAUUCCACCUCACAACCAGCUCUCGUAACAAGUAUAUCAGAAGUCUAAAGAAACUUUGCAAUGUUAUCAUUUGAAUAAGUCAUGGCCACUUUUUCUGUGAGAUCCAUUUGAGUCACUCCCCAGGUGUGCUGAGUAAUUGGUGUUGGAGUUGGCCUGCAUUCAAAGUCCUUGUCGUUGAGGAGACGUCAUUUCCCUGAGUGGGUCGAGGUUACAUGGAGGAAUAAAGGAAUACUGUUCAUCCUCGUUGCCACGGUGAAGUCAGUGGAUCAGCUGAAACACUAUCAGUGUUUAUCUGGUGAACCUCCCAGACCGUGUUGCCAAAGUGGCACACCAGAAGGCGGGCAAAGUUUAAAGAGCGGCCAUGUUGAGGAGAAGCCGGAACCUUUGCGCUCGUCACAACACAUGGAGCUCCGUGCGACAAGAGGCCGACAGCAUGGCCGUGGUCCUGGCCUUCAAGAGCGAGGACUGGAGUACGGGGAGGACACAGAUCAGCGAUUCCGACUCCGAAGUGGACUACCUUGCCCUCUCCCCAACGGUGGAGGAUGUGGUUCCAGACACGGUCCCUGUGACAGGGGAGUCCUUCUGCCACUGUGACCCUCAGGAGGAGCCCAGACCUGGGGAGCUCCUGCAGCUCAGUGACUGCCUCUGUGGAGAGGAAGACCAGGGUUUUGAUUGGGUGUGGGACGAGCGCAGUAAAUCGAGCUCUGCGUUUCUGAGCUGUGACAACCGCAAAGUGAGCUUCCACUCCGAGUACAGCUGUGGGACUGCAGCUAUCAGGGGCACCAAGGAGCUGUCGGACGGACAGCACUUCUGGGAGAUAAAGAUGACCUCGCCCGUCUAUGGUACCGACAUGAUGGUAGGUAUAGGGACGUCGGAGGUGAGCAUGGAGAGGUACCGACACAGUUUCUGUAGUAUGCUUGGCACAGACGAGGACAGCUGGGGCCUUUCCUACACAGGGCUCUUACAGCAUAAAGGUGACAAGGUGAACUUCUCCUCACGCUUUGGCCAGGGCUCCAUCAUCGGCCUACACCUGGACACCUGGCACGGCACUUUGACCUUCUACAAGAAUCGACGCCGUAUCGGUGUGGCUGCCACCAGGCUGCAGAACAAGAAGUUCUACCCAAUGGUAUGUUCCACCGCAGCCAGGAGCAGCAUGAAGGUGACCCGGGCCUGUUACACCCACACCUCCCUGCAGUACCUCUGCUGUGCCCGCCUGCGUCAGCAGCUCCCCGACUGCCCGGACACCCUGGGGGUCCUACCCCUGCCCCCAGGCCUGCGUCAACUCCUCCACACCCAGCUGGGCUGGGUCUUCAGCCUCAACAACCAGGCCACCGAAGGCCCCGAGCAGCCUGGGGACUUGCCUGAGGAAACUAGCUCCCCCCCAAGCCCCUGCACCAGCCCUAUGCCCACCCUUAGUGCCUGUUCUUCCCCAAGCUCCACCCCCAGCCCUAUUCGUCAUCCAUGUCUUCUCCAUCACAGAGCACCAGCCUGCUCCUGCCCACCCACUCCUCCUGAGACAGAGUCUGACAGCUGUUUGUCAGAGCCAGAAGACUACCAGAGCAAAAGAUGUCGCUGGACAUGACUUGAAUCUUCCCAACUCAACAUGGGCACUUUACUAUGCACCUUUUCCUGCAUUGCCAUGGCCAUCUUUACGAUGAAACAGUAUGUAGAGGCUUCCUUAAUUCCUGAGCUAAUAUUUUUGAGAGUGUUCUGAAAGGGGUGUCUUUUCACCCAACUGUAUUUCUGAGCACUAUGUGGAUGAAUCUGGGGUGGGAAAGAGUCAGGGGGGGGCUUUAGAUUCACCCCACUGCUUGGGGGAGCAGAAACCACCAAGAUCUGACCUACAUCCAACAUUCAAAUAAUCUUCUCCUCAGUAGCUACUGCCUGCAAAUGUAGGCUCUGUCAAUUGUAGCAAUUUUAGAAGAAAGUGCGUUCCUCUUCAAGUUCAUAACUUAGUGUUUGUACGGUGCAUCUCCAAGGAAACCUGGUUGCCAGAUCUGUGCGUGCUGUUUAGCCAACUCAUCGUUGUUCAUGUAACUCAUGCCUUGACGAGAAAAUUAUUGGUUUAUUCAUAGGGCCAAUAAACAAAUUAUGUAGCCAGGCAGUUACUUACUUUAUGAUACACAAUGGGAAAUUGGGAAAAUAAUUUGUUUUUCACACUGUUUGGACAUUCUUGAAGUAUAUUUUAUACUGUGCAUUAGUAUAAAUGCAGUGGUGGGUGGUGUACCGUACGGGUUUGUUUGUCUUUUUUAAAUAAUCUGAUGCUCGUGUCGUUGAUUGUCAUACCAUGUAUACAGCCUUUCUUACUAAAGCAAUUCUAAAAUAAAAAAAAUAAAAUAAUGUAUCUUGCUAUAUGUACUUAUA